UUCCCCCCGAUCCUCCAUAAACCCUACUCACUUCUUCUUCCCCAACCCCUGAAAAUGCUGACUCCAACUCAGGCCAUCUCGAAAAGACCCAUUUGCCCUUCCUGCUCCAAACCCGUCCGGCUCUGCCUCUGCAGUCGGAUCCACAAUCCGGGGCUCCACAACUCUGUAAGUGUCACCAUUCUUCAACACAGCUUUGAGAAGAAGCACCCUCUUAAUUCAGCUAGGAUUGCUAGACUUGGGCUUAAGAAUGUGAAGGUGGUUACUGUGUUUGAUGUUCAUUUUGAUGCCCGGUUCGUUAUCCGGUUGCUCGACCCGGAUUUGGACCCGAAUGGUUCAAAGGGUGCAUCUUUUGAUGGAGGUGUGGGUUCUGGGUUUUGUGUUGAGUCAGAAAUUGUGGGUUUUGAUAGUUUAGAGAAACAGAGGAGUUGUGGUAGUGUGAUUGAUUGUAAUGAGGAAUGUAGUCUUGGGAAUGAUAUAGGUAAUGUGAGGAGUGCUCAAAAUGAAUUAGGAGGUGUAGAAUAUGUAGAAAAUUGUAGCGUAUCGAGCGGUGAUGCAUUACUUGUAGAGCAAGAACAUGAGUUCACUAGUGAUGCAUGCACUGAUGUAAAGGGUGUGUUUAAUCUGGAGACUUGUGAUAGGCAUUUGGAAGGACAAUCUGGUGUGGAUGAGGAUUCAACUGCAACGACAUUGGCUUCACUAUGUGAUGCCGAUACGGAUUUUGAGUCAGUUGAAGGUGUUACAGUUGGUAAUGAUGGACCUGUUAUAAUGGCUACAAUUGGCAAGAAUGGCAUUAGCUCUCUUACUCAUACUUGGAUGCCACAAACCCAUCAUAGGAAUUCACAGUUUGAUGCAAUUUCAGAGAUUACAGAAGCGCGUGAGGCUCUGGCAAAGGGAUUUGUUGUACAAAAGUUGCAAAGGCAGCCAUCGAAAGGAAAUGUGGAAUUGGAUGAAACAGUAGAAUUUGAAGUAGAAGUUCCUCCGGGAUCUGUUCUCUUGUUUCCAUCUGAAGAAGCAGUUAGUGUUAGUGACCUUGAAGCGAUGGAUAUUAAGGUCAAGAAUUUGAUUGUCUUGGAUGGAACAUGGUCUAAGGCAAAGAGAAUGUAUGUGGAAAACCCCUGGUUGAAGCUAUUGCCACAUUUGAGGUUGGAUUUGGACAAGCUGAGUUUGUACAAUGAAGUGAGAGUCCAACCCAAGCCGGGAUUUCUGUCCACUAUUGAGAGCAUUGUAUACGCACUAAAGGCGGUAGGGGACAGUCCGGAAGGCCUGGACAAUCUCUUGGAUGUUUUCGAGUCCAUGGUUGGAGACCAGAGACGAUGCAAAGAAGAAAGAAUAAGCAAUGUCUUGCCGCCUGAGUGAGUCUUAUGCUCAAUUUCACUAUUAGGACAAUUGUCAUUUCAAUUCCAACUGCCUUUCCGAGCAGAGAAGCGGACUUGAACCGGCUGGCCUAGCAGAGAAAAUGGGUUCUCGGAGACCUCCUUUCAGAUGAGGAAGUGGCUGAGCUGGUGGAACAGUAUCGGCAUAGUGAUUGCUCCCGCCAAAUCAAUCUGGCUAGAAAUGGUGUGUAUGUGAAUGUCGUGGACAGAGUAAAGGAGGCCAUCAUGACUGAAGAGGUAGUGAGACUAGACUGCACUCUUGCCGGUACCAGUGAUUGCAAAAGAACAGGCGCAAAAUUGAGGGACCUUGUAUCUUGCGACCCCUUUUGUUCAAAG